AUCAUAAGUUGUGCAUAGAAUAGAAAGCGCUCACUGUUUCAUCUAUCGGAAGAUUUUCUCUAUGAAAAAUCGGUGAAGCUGUUAGAGUUUAAUUAUAUUGUAAGACUAUAACAACUAGGUUUGGAAUGAAGAAUGAGGAGGAACCUGAUUACAUAUUUCUUGCUGAUGAUGAUGAUGAUGAUAAGGUUGUUAAUGGAGAUGGGAAUGAAGAAAACUUUUUCGAUGCUGAUGGAAUAGCGGAUACUAAGAUCGAUCGGAAGGAUUGUGAAUCUCUGACAUAUGCUGAUGAUGACCCUAAACCUGAUUCUUUGGACCCUUCAUGGCCUCAAAGUUACAGGAGGUCAAUGGACUAUUUAGCAUCUCAGAGUCUCAACUUUCUAGGGUCUCCUAAAUUAUCGCCAGUAGGCGGGGGUUCAUCCCAUCCUUCAUCGCCAAGAAGGAGGAUAAUUACAAGUUUGGACAAACCUCUCUUGCCUGAAACAGACAACCAACUAAAAGAACACCAUAGUUCCGAAAAUUUACUUCAUCCUCAACGGACACCUUCUACAAAAGAUCUGUCUACGGUUAGAAAGAGCUCGUUCAGUCAAGCUGUGGUUAACGGGGUGAAUCUGCUUUGUGGAGUAGGACUUCUUUCUACGUCUUACGCAGCAAAACAAGGAGGAUGGGCUGGGCUGUCGGUGUUGUUCGUCUUUUGUAUUCUUUCAUUCUACACUGGUCUCCUUCUUCGUUACUGUUUGGAUAGUCGGCCUGGUCUUAACACAUAUCCUGAUAUUGGUGAGGCUGCCUUUGGCAAAACCGGACGUCUUGUCAUCUCUAUAAUAUUGUACGUGGAGUUGUAUGCAGCAUGCGUUGAAUAUAUAAUUUUGGAGAGUGAUAAUCUAUCUUCCUUGUUUCCAAAUGCAUACAUAAGCCUUGGAGGACAUUAUAUAAGUUCGCAGUAUUUGUGUGCGAUAAUGGUCACUCUUGUUGUUCUUCCUACAGUUUGGCUUCGCGACAUGAGCGUUCUCAGUUACAUCUCGGCUGGGGGAGUUUUUGUUUCAAUCCUUUUGGUCAUCUGUUUGUUUUGGGUCGGUUUGGUGGAUAACAUCGGAUUUCAGGUCGAAAGUACAAAAACGCUAAAUCUGUCAACAUUGCCAGUGGCGGUUGGGCUCUAUGGUUAUUGUUAUGCAGGGCAUGCUGUUCUUCCUAACAUUUAUACAUCCAUGGAAAACCGAAAUCAGUUUCCUCUAGUCCUAUUUGCCAGCUUUGGUAUAUGCACCAUACUUUAUGCUGGCGUCGCGAUAAUGGGAUACAUGAUGUUUGGUGAAUCAAUAGAAUCACAGUUCACUCUCAACCUACCUACAAAUUUUCUUGCUUCCAAAAUCGCAGUAUGGGCUACGGUGAUCAAUCCAUUUACCAAAUAUGCUAUAACUAUAUCCCCGGUUGCUAUGAGUCUGGAGGAACUGAUACCGUCAAACCAUUUGUGGUCUCACUUUUACUCCAUCCUCAUUAGAACGACGUUGGUGGCCUCUACUUUGCUUGUGGCCCUCUCUUUCCCGUUCUUUGGGUUGGUAAUGUCUCUGAUGGGAUCGUUACUGACAAUGCUAGUGUCAUUGAUAUUCCCUUGUGCUUGUUUUCUGCGCAUCAUCAAAGGAAAUGUAACUCGCUUUCAGCGAUCGCUUUGCGUACUAAUCAUCACAAUCGGCAUGGUCUCAGCAGUGUCUGGAACAUACACAAGUUUAUGUGAGAUCAUUCAACAGCUUUUAUGAUUAUGCUUUGAUUCUUGUAUUAGAAUUUGUAUGACUCUCUACGGACAAGUAAAUCAAAAUCCGGCUUUAGACCGGACCAAAAACCAACUUUCGUUAUAAUUAGAACCGAGAACCAGACUGAGUAGUAUACUUGUUCAGUUGUUCCAGUUGUGUAUGUUAUGGUUUUCGUA